GCGGCGGCGCGAGCGCUCGGCCCGGGCCUGCGGGAGCCGGAGACCGCGGCGGCGGCGGCUGCUGCCGGAGGAGCCGAAGGGACACCGCCCUGCCCGCGCUCUGCCUCAGGCCAUCGCUGCUCCCCCGGGGCCCCGCGAGAACUCGCCUCUGUGAAGUGUCACCAUGUCUGACCGGAAGGCAGUGAUCAAGAAUGCAGACAUGUCUGAGGACAUGCAACAAGAUGCCGUUGACUGUGCCACGCAGGCUAUGGAGAAGUACAACAUAGAGAAGGACAUUGCUGCCUAUAUCAAGAAGGAAUUUGACAAGAAAUAUAACCCUACCUGGCACUGUAUCGUGGGCCGAAAUUUUGGCAGCUACGUUACACAUGAGACAAAGCACUUCAUCUAUUUUUACUUGGGUCAAGUUGCAAUCCUCCUCUUCAAGUCAGGCUAGGUGGCCACAGUGAAGGUGUCAGUGGCGGCGGCAGCAAUGGCAAGCAGGCAGCGUUGCUGGGACUGUUUUGCACUGGGGCCAGCAUCAGGAUGUCCUCUCCAAUGGCUGUGCUACUGCAUGGACUGUAUACUCGAUUUCAUGUGUAUGUUGCAGUAAACAAAACCAAACUUCUUUCUGUUUAGUUGCCUGGGGAAGAAGGCUGCUUUAUGUUUAUUUUUCAAGACUUAAAUUUUUUUUUUUUGGUUGUAUUGCACUAGGAAAUCUCUCCCACUCCUCCCUUUUCUCUUUCUCUCCCUAUACAAAUAAAAAGCCCUCAACAAAGCCUGUAAGACUAGGAGGGCUGGGGAAAAGAAAUAGGUUUCUGGAGGUGGAACUAAAACUGCAGCUGCCUCUUCCUGGUGGUGGAUGCUGCUUUAGGAGGGCCAGGGAGGCUGCGGGAGGGACAGUGUUAGGAUUGACAAGGAGAGAGGGAUAGGACGGAGGGUAGGGGGAUUGAUCUAGUACCAGGGAGAAUAUUCCACUGAACUGUGAUUCCACGGCUUGGGGCAGGGGUUGGGGCUAGAUUCUUUAAGGGGCCCUGAGACGUGUUUGUCUGUGGUGUGUGGGAGUGGGGAGCAGACUUGUCUUGCUGUCUUUGUCAGAAGAGUUUGUAAGUAAGGGCUGUGUCUUUGUGGAUUACCUUCUUUUAUUCUUCCUGCCAGAGCUCAUGCUUGGAGGAUGUUGAGGGUAGGAUUAGCUCGAUUUUGUUUGUUUGUUUUGUUUUCAUUCUUCCCUCCUUCUGUCUGCUCCCUGCUUAGCCCUUGGUUUUCUCAUUCCUCUGGAGUUCUCUUAGAGCAGCCCCUCUUAGUUGGCUGGCAAGGGAAUUUCUGAUGACUAGUUCUUAGUUAGGUCUUAGCAAUCAAACCAAAUCAAUGUUUCCCUUGAUUUUCCUUUGUGUAUAUGUGUGUGAAUGUGUGUGUGUAUCUUGGUUUGGGGUAGAGGGGAGGGAGGGGCAGGACUGUGGAAUCUCUGGGGUAUAUGAGUAGAUAAGUGGACCUAUGUUAACCUCUGGGGCAUCUGUUUUGGGGGUGAGUAUAGGUAUCACCCCCCUCAGCCAUCUGGCCUAGACACUGCUUGCCCUAUGGCCAUCUGCUCCCAGGAGGGCUUUAGGAGGAUAGCCCAUUAUGAGGUGGCCAUGCUACCAUCUAUUCUGGAGCCUAGUCUCAGUGAUGAGGGAAAGUGACUUUGUGAAUGGUGGCAGCCUCUUGUGGGAGGCAGGAUGGAAGUGAUAAAGGGCUGUUGAGGGGCUUUGGGGGAACUUCAGAGGAGGUCAGUCUUGCAGUGGUGAAGCCAGGAAUUUGGGGAUGGAGCAGGGUCACUAGUGGUAGGAGAUUCCAAGGGGAGUGCCGGGGAAAUCUUAUCUGUGGAUCAAAAGGGAUGGGGUGGAGGAUGGGGCGGGGGGGGAAGUCAUUGCUGAUUGAGCUAUUGAUUCUUAUAAAUUGCAUUGAAAACUCAUGUGUAGGGUUGAUCCUGUGGGGGGUUUGGGAUUUAGCUCAUUCUCUUUUUCUUCCAAGUCCAUCCUUGGGGUUGGUGGGGAGGCAGGAGAAUGCCCCCUUCCCAAGCCUUUAGUGUGUACUGAGCUUUCUUUUUGAUGCUGACAGGGGAGGGUGGGGACUUGGAUGGUGAGUGAGUUCCCCAUAUCAAAUCGUUUGGUGGGCACAAUGCUGAGUGCUUGAUUUUAGGUUUUAUUUUUUUAUGAAUGUCUAGAUCUGUUUCCCCCUGCCCUCUCAGACUUGUGUGGCCAGUUGGAAAUGUCUAGUUUGUGUUCAUCUCUCCCUCAUUUCUGGAGCAGGGGCUGAGACCCCGCCACAUCUCCUGUGCUCUGCAUCCACGCCUCUUUUGGACAUUAAAGGUCAAUUGAUGCACUUCUGAGCUGUUGGGUUUCUUUGGGGGUAAAGGGGGGAUGGCUUGAUUGGUGGCAGUGGUGCCACAAAGGGGUGGGGUGGGUAUAUAGUGUGGAGCAGAAUGGGGCUAAAGAGAUACUGAUUGGUCUGAAUCCGGUCUUAGUUGGAGGGCCAAGGCUUGGGGCCCUUAAGUGAAGGAAAAUAACCAGCAGCACUCACCCACAAGAUUUCUUGGGUCAUUGGUGGAGAUGGUUUGGUGAGCUGCAUUUUGAUUCUUCUGUAUGAUAGAUGCUGAGACUGGAAGACCAUGUCUCUUAGCUAAAUCCUUCUCUAGCCAUUCAGGAAUGGAGAAGCUGAGGGCCUUUAGCAAGAUGGAACCUGAGUGGUUCUCUGACUCCUGGGUUAUCUGCUUGUCUCGCUUGGGGCUCCUGCCCACAUAUACCUGGAGAAGCCAGCAGUACUGAGAUGCUUCUGAGAGUAGCUGCCCAGGCUGGUGACCCUAAGCCAUUUGUCUAGGCUUACGGCUAUAAUCCUUGUGGAGGGUGCUAAGGAGCAGAGAUGCUUUAUACUCAUUUCUGUUCUCAUUCACUGAGAAACAUUUGAGUUUUAUACUUGAGUCUAAGAUGCUGUUCACAAAGAAUAAAACAGGGAAGUUCUUGUCUUUUGUGACAUGUACAUUCUAAUGGACAGAGCUGACAUACACAGUGAAAAGCCAGUAGUGAUGAAUAAUAGUAGAGUUAGUCACUCAGUUGUGUCUGACUUUGCAACCCCACGGACUGUAGCUUGUCAGGGUCCUCUAACCAUGAGAUUCUCCAGGCAAGAAUACUGGAAUGGGUAUUCCCUUCUCCAGAGGAUCUUUCCGACUCAGGGAUUGAACCCGGGUCUCCUGUGUUGCAGGCAGAUUCUUCACCAUUUGAGCUACAGGGAAGUAGCGAUAAAUACUAUCAAGGAAAUGAACUGGGCAAUGAGCUGUUGGUGUUGGGAGUUAGGUAGGUCAAGUUCCUUCACAUAGGAAGUUUAUGGGCUGGAUCUUAGGGAGAAAAACCUCCAGGGCAGUGAGGUCCUAAGGAAGUAAUAGGGGGGACUCUAGAACCUCAAUUUCUGUCCCUACCUUUGCUGGUUUUGAAUAAUUCGACAGAAUUGGAGUUUGAGAGAGGAGACUGAGGCCACGGUCCACAAUUUAUCUAUGAUGGGUGCCUCUGGGGUUAAAUCCCUCAUCCUGAUGGGAGGGGCAGUCUAGGUGGCAACUAUGUACAACGCACUCUGGCACAGGUAGGUAGCUGGUGCUCACCUAGGUUAAUCCUGCAAGACUCCUGAUGAGCCCCUACCCACUGGGACCCAGGAGGGUCGCAUGGGAGGAUGGACUACAAAAGGGCUGUGGAAAGCUGAUGGGAGCUGUGGCAGAGGGAUGCAGCCACUGUCAGAACUGUAGCCAGGCCGAGAAAGCUGGAGCAUCAGUAUCCCAUUUCUUUCAUCCUGUACUCCAAUUUUCUGGGGCCUCCUUUUGGCUGAACCUAACAGAAAGGCAGCAGAUGGCAAGGAUGACCCAGAGAUCCAGUCUAGGGGUCAGCCCCGCCUCUCCCCAGGGAACAUAGCAGGAAGAAGAGUAGAGAAUGAAUCCAAGAAGGGCAAACCGAACCAGCAUGGUAGGAAAUUCUGUUUCCCUUGACAAUGUGUCUUGUCUCUCCCCAGAACUCAAGUGUUCUCUAGCUUAGACCAGAAGUGUGGCUGUUUCCCAAACUAUCCCCUUCCUUCAGGUCUUUGUUCAAACACCCUCUUAUCAGAGGGGCCUGCUGACAUCCUAUAGGAACAGUACCACUCCCCGAUCACUAUUAACCUUACCCAGUUAAAUUCAGCACAGCACCUGCCAGUGUUUGACAUUCAUUAAUUUAUUAAUCUUUCACAAGUAGAAAAUAAGCUUUUUGAGAGCAGAACCAUUUCUUCUUUUUCACUGCUUUAUAUUCAAGCUCCCAGAACAGCAUCUAUGCUGUAGGAAAUACUUGAUAAAUGUUAUUGGUAAAAUGAAAAAAAAGUGCAAGCAAACAUGGGCAACCUGGCUUUUCCUGAAGAGACUUUAGCCUUUGGUUUGACUCCCCCUUGCUGGCAAGCCCUGGAAAGCCGUCAAUGGGUUACUCCCCAAGUGUGUUCAGCCAUUCUUCCUUGGCAGCUGUGGGAGAAUGAAAGAGUGUUCAUAAAGUACAUUUUAUCUUUAAAGCAUUUCAGUUUAUGCCACUGAAAUCCCCUCUGAGCUAGACCCCAGCAGUCAUUAGCCACAUUUUUGGAUAAGCAAACUGAAUCAGGGAGGGUGAAUGACCUGCUGAAGCACACAUAACUGGUAGUGUUACUAGUGCUCAGACACUGACUUAACAAGGACUGACCUGGGUUUGACAGCAGUCAUCUCAAAGAUACUCCUUGAGAUUUAGGUCCAGUUCUCUGAGCUUAGGACUGAAUGCCCUUUUUCACUAUUAUUCCCUUUCCUAGUCUCUACUUCAGCAAGGGAAAUGAGGAUAAUUCCCAGGCCCUCCCGUCUCCUCAUUUCUCUUGUCUGCUAAGCACUGAGGAGCUGUCCUUUCUAGAAAUUUCAUGAGAAGGGUUAAUGAGUUUGUUUGGAAUAAUUGGGAUGUAGAACUUUCCCCUACUGUGAAAUGCCUUCUACUUGGUGAUGGUAUACAAUUCAGUGGUUUUUAGUAUUUUCAAAGAGUUAUACAACUAUCCCCAUUAUCUAAUUCCAGAACGUUUUCAUCACUCCUCAAAGAAACCCACUUGCAGUCACUGUUCUUCCUUCCUCCACAACCCCUGUAAACCCCUAAUGUAUUUUCUGUCACUGUGAAUUUGCCUUGUCUGGACAUAUCACAUAAAUGAAAUCAUAAUUAUAUCACAUAAAUGAAAGGUGGCCUUUUGUGUCUGGCUUGUUUCACUUAGCAUAAUGUUUUCAAGGUUCAUCUGUGUUGUAAUAUUUAUCAACAUUUCAUUCCUUUUUCUGGCCAAGCAAUGUUCCAUUAUCUUUUGUUUAAUGUAUUCAUUUGUUGAGUGACUUUUGGGUUGGUUCCACUUUUUGCCUAUUGUGACUAGUGCUGCUGUGAAUAUUGACAUUUGAGUUUUUGUGUGGACAGAUGUUUUCAGUUCUUUUGGGGCAUCUUUUAAUUUUUUAAUGUCAGUUUACUUUUCUAUUUUUAAAAAAUCUAAAUUGAUGUCAGCAAAUUCCCGUAAAGGGUCAGAUAGUAAAUAUUUUAGGCUUUGUGGGCCAUAUGAUGAAAUGUAUGUGGUGUAUGUAAUUGUUUCAAUGACUGAACUCUGCCAUUGCAGAAUGAAAGCAGCCAUAGCCAGUAUAUAAACUAAUGGGCAUGAAGGUGUUCCAGCAAAACUUUAAACAGGCAGUGGGUUAGGUUUGGCUUGUGGAUUGCAGUUUGCCAAUCCCUAGCUUUGAUGAUAGAUUCACAUAAUUCAACAUUCCUAAAGUACAAAAAGUGAAAAUUCUCCCUCACAUUCCUGUUCCCAAGCCACUGGGCUCCCUCCUUAGAAGCAAUUACUCUUGUGAGGUUUUUGUAUCCCCUUUCAGAGACAGUUGAUAAACAACAUAUUUUUAAGUGACUGUGUAGCAUUCCGAUGUGUUACAGAUAGUUUAAUAAAUAUGAAAGGACUUAACAUAUCUGAAGGCAUGCCCUGAAGGAACACUAGGAGUGUUGCCCUGACCUGUCCAAUAGGCUCCUCCAUUAGAAUAAUCGUUUGAACUCCUGGGAUUUCCCCAGGAAUUUUAGGGGACAUGCCUUGCAUCAAGGGAUGCAAGAUUUUCUUUGGUAGUUUGUGUGUCCACCACAGAGGAGAUAGAGAUGUAAUCUGUGGAUAUCUAUUCUCUCUCUCCUAUCAAUCAAUUGUCUUAUCUAUUAAUCUGUAUUUAUUGCAAGGAAUUGGCUUUUGCAAUGGUAGGGGUCAGGUUGGCAAGUCUGGAAUCUGUAGUGCAGGCCAUAAGGAAGGUCAAGCUGGAAACACUUGGGCAGGAGUGGAAUUUCUUCAGGGAAACCUCUAGGCCUUUCAACUGGUUGGAUAAGGUCCUCCCAUAUUAUCCAGGAAAUUUUUUUUUUACAUAAAGUUAACUGAUUGUAGAUGUUACAACAUCUACAAAAUAUCUUCACAACAACAUCUGGAUUAGUGUUUGAAUAUCUAGGUACUAGAGCCUGGCCAAAUUAACACAUAAAACUGAUCCUCACACACAAAAAAACCAAAACUGAUCCUUACAGAUCAUAUCCAGUCAACCUGACACCAAUACACAUAUCCUAAACCACAUUUAAUCUUCUUAUAAAGAUAGCAAAAAAGUCAUGCUUCCACCUAACAUGAUACAUUUAUCCUGUGUGUGACUGAAAAUAUACUAUCACUUUCCCCAGAAGAGGAGGCCAAGUCCGUGAAUGAUGUUAAUAAUCCUGUAACUUCACUAAUGUAAAGUUAGCUUUUAUUAAUACAUUUUAUAUUAGAUGGCAAGGAGAUAAGAGAGGGAAGAAAAAAUACACAGAUAUAUUCAUGAUAAAAUAAGGAAUAAAUACUCAUACAGUCCUCGUUUCUGAAAUUGGUCAGGUGGUCAUAACUGGUAUUUACAACUACCUUCUUCUACUACCCAUUCCAUAUUUCCUUUACCCUCAGCAAGCACCUUAUUACUGGUUGUGUGUUUUGUUUUGUUUUCUCCUGGUGGCAUGCCCCCAAACAUCCAUUCUUGAAGGGUUUGUGCCAUUAGAAAUCUUGCCUUAAUUAGAUUGUUACAGUAUUCCAUUGACUUUAGUCACAGGCUAUGAUAGUACUAAGAGAUGCCCUAAGGGAUCUCCUGUAUUCGACAUGCUUCCCCUUAUCUCUAUUAUGUGGUAGCAACCCCCUUCCCCCUUGGUAGUCAGUAUCAAUCCCCCCAGCCAGUGUAGUAACUCCCAUCUUUGCCUGUUUAUUCAGAGGGAUGAGGAGUCUCAAAUGGAAGUGGCAGUCUUAACUUCUAGUUCCUCAUGUGACUGUGGAAGCAUUCCUCCCUUUGAAGACCUCUAGAUCAGCAGCAUAAGGUUGCAGAUACAGGAAACUAAAUUUUUCAAAUGAAUCACUAGGGUUAAUAUUGAAUGCUGCCAUUCUAUUUCCACUCCUUGACUCCUGGAACCAUGAAUCCUAGCUGUGGGAGAAAUAGCCCCAUACACGGAAUGCUAAUUUGAGUACAGACAGUCUCCUGAAGGACAUUGCCCCAGCCCUGCAACGUGUUGACACCUAGUUACAUCUGUAACUGGGUCUUCAAAAGGCCAUUCCACCAUCAGGUUAGCUUCUUCAGGAUGGUGGGCAACAUGAUAAAACCAGUAAAGUCCGUGAACAUGAGCAUAUUCCUGAACUUCAUUUGUUGUGAAUUCCUUGACUAGAAGCAGUGCUGUGUGGAAUACUAUGAUGGUGGAUAAGGCAUUCCAGAAGUCCACAGAAGCAGUACAUGCAUGGGAAGCAAAUCCAUGUGCAGAGUGAGAACAGAGCACUGUCCCUUCCCUGGUGGAAGUAGUCCAGUGUAAUCAAUCUGCCACCAGGUGGCUGACCGGUCACCUCAGGGAAGGUGCCGGGGCUCAGCAUUGGUCUCUGCUGCUGGCAGAUUGGACACUCAGCAGUGGCUGUAGCCAGUUAGGCCUUGGUGAGUGGAAGUUAUGCUGCUGAGCCCCUGCAUAACCUUCAUCCCUGCCAUCUGUCUACUUUGUUCAUAAGCCAGUGGGCAGUGACGGGAUGGCUGGCCACCCUAUCUACUUGAUUACUAAAAUCCACCUCUGAUUGCUAAAAUCACCUUUGGUAAGCAUUCACAUCAGAUAUAAAUGUCGUCACAUUCUUUGCUCAUUCAGACAGGACUAUGACCUAGAUAGUGAAAAUUGUUACCAAUUUUCCAAUCAUGUUCCUUCCAAGUCCCUGGUUAUCUAGCCAAACCAUUGGCCACAGGCAUGAGUCAGACUUAUGCCUCUGGCCAUUUCUUUUCAAAAUGAACAGCCAGGUGCCCUGAUCAGAAUUCUGCCCACUGGGGAGAUUUACUCUCACUACUGUCCUUCAGAAUGCACUGGAAAGGGGUGUACUACUGCUAUAGUGCUGUAGCUGUCCACUUUUUUGGGGAUGUGCCUACAUAUUGUGCGAAACCAUUUGUAGACCUGACAGUGGUAGAACAAGAUCGAUACACAGGUAGUUGUUGGGCUUCCCUGCUGGCUCAGUGGUGAAAAAUCUGCGUGCCAACGCUGGAGAUGUGGGUUUGAUGCCUGGGUUGGGAAGAUCUCCUGGAGAAGGAAAUGACAACCCACUCCAGUAUUCUUGCCUGGGAAAUCCCAUGCACAGAGGAGCUACAUUGGUGGGCUACAGUGCAUGGGGUCGCUAAGAGUUGGACAGGACUUGGUGACUGAACAAUAACAGGUAGUUGUAGAAGUCCCAGUAGUGGACUAUAGGUAGAGAGGGAAACCUAGGAAACUUUGAGAGAUCAUAAGUCAAUGAUCGCUUUGGAAGGCUAUUGGAACUUUGUGGGAUGAAGUAGGCUCGCUUAACUAUGCUGUGCUUAGUCGCUCAGUCAUGUCUGACUCUUUGCGACCCCAUGGACUGUAGCCUGCCAGGCUCGUCUGUCCAUGGGAGUUCUCCAGACAAGAACUCUCCAGACAAGAGUGGGUUGCCAUGCCCUUUUCUAGGGGAUCUUCCCAACCCAGGGAUUGAACCCAGGUCUCCCGCACUGCAGGUGGAUUCUUUACCAACUGAGCCACCAGAGAAGCCCUGCUUAACUUUUAAGCUAUAAAUAAAGGCAUGAGAUGUGCUUCAGGUCGUUAGGAAAAAGAAAAAUGUCACCAUCCUUCUACCGAUUUGAAUAAGGCUAUAAUAAUCCCAGUUUGACCUGAGGGUCAGACACUCUCCUGUCUGAUACAAAGAAGGGGCUAGUGCUGUGAGCCUUGAAGAAGGCGGUCUUUACCCCUGCCCCUUUUCUUUGACUAUAAAAGUGUAGCCCUCUUAAUCCUUGGAGCAGAGCUCCCUCGCCUGUCUGCUUGCAUCUCUUACAAGCAUGCCAUGUUAAUAAAUCUACUUCUUGCCUAUCACUUUGCCUCUGGCUGAAUUCCUUCUCUGCUGAGACACGAAGAUCCUCAGCUUCAGUGAGUCCAGACACCAGGUGAGUGAUUCUAAUUAAAAGAUGGUGGGUUAGAGUCCCAAACAGGGUUUUGGUUGGGUUUGAGUCCAGGCACGUGGGUUCAAGUCCCAAUCUGAGACGAAUGGUUUCAAGCCAGUCCUGAGUUUUCUCUUCCUCAGUCAGCUGGUUAUAGGGAACUCACCAUGAGGUCAUAGGGGCAGACUGGGAGAGAAAAGGUAAUGUGGCAGGAGUAGUGACUAUGUAUAUUUGGGCUACUUCAUACCAAAGAAAAAGAACUGAGAUACUUGUGUAUAUAUAUCCAAUCAUAUAACAUACAUUCAUACAUAUAUAUUGCCAUUAUAAAAGAUAUAGUAAGAUAUACAAUAUAUUAAUAUGUAAUAUAUUCACUCUGUAUAAAGAGAUUUACUGUAAGUACUUGGCUUAUGUGUUUUGGGAGGCUGGCUAGACAAGUUUGAAAUCUGUGGCCUGGCAGGCUGGGACUCUUAAUAGGAAUUGAAGAUUCAGUGUACUAGCAGAAUUUCUUCUUCCUCAGGGAAACAUCAGUUCCUUCAAUUGAUUGGAUCAGGCCUAUCAAUGUUAUUUAGGAUAAUCUCCUUUCCUUCUUUCUUUCAACUGAUAUUAAUCUCAUCUACAAAACACCUUUACAGCAACACAUACAUUAUUAUUAAUAUUUGAUUGAAUAAUUGAUUACCAUAACCCAACCAAGAUGACACAAAACAACUAACAGAGUUUGUAAACUGACAAAGUUACAACUUCUCAUAGAGGAAUCCAAACAUGUUCAAAGAGGGAGGUCAUUAAAAAAAGCACAGCUUUAUUUUAGUGUAAUAGACAUACAGUAGUUCAGUUCAGUUCAUUUCAGUUGCUUAGUCGUGUCUGACUCUUUGCGACCCCAUGAACCACAACACGCCAGGCCUCCCUGUCCAUCACCAACUCCCGGAGUUUACUCAGACUCAUGUCCCUUGAGUCAGUGAUGCCAUCCAACCAUCUCAUCCUCUGUCGUCCUCUUCUCCUCCUGCCUUCAAUCUUUCCCAGCAUCAAGGUCUUUUCUAAUGAGUCAGUUCUUCCUAUCAGGAGAAGUUCAGCUUCUCCUGUAUUGGAGCUUUAGCUUCAGCAUCAGUCCUUCCAAUAAAUAUUCAGGACUGAUUUCCUUUAGGAUGGACUGGUUUAGUCUUGCAGUCCAAGGGACUCUCAAGAGUCUUCUCCAACACCACAGUUCAAAAGCAUCAAUUCCUCAGCACUCAGCUUUCUUUAUAGUUCAACUCUCACAUCCAUACAUGACUACUGGAAAAACCAGUUGCGGUCAUUUAAAGUGAACAAUUUAAUAAGUUUUGACAUAGGUAGCUACUGCUAAAACUAUCACUGCAAUUAAGAAACAUGCUCAUCACACCCACAAGUCUCCUCAUAAUCCCUUGUCAUCCUGCCCUUCCCUUCCUUGCCGCCCUUGCAACUCCCUUCACCGGACAACCACUGGUCAACUUUUUGUCACUUAUAGGUUAGUUUGCAUUUUCUAGAAUUUUAUAAAAGUGGAGUCAUACAAUGUGUGCUCUUUUUGGGUCUGGUUUCUUUCACUCAGCGUAAUUAUUUUGAGAUUCAUCCAUGUUGCUCUUCUGUGUAUCAUAGUUUAUUCUUUUUUUAUUGUUGGAAAUAUUCCAGUGUAUGAAUAUGUAAGAUGUAUUAAUCUAAUCCCCAACAGAAGGACAUUUGGGUUUCUGUUUCGAUGAUUACGAGUACUGCUAUUAAUAUAAAUGUUUGUGUACAGGUUUAAUGCUAAUGUUGGAUAAAUAAGAGUGGGAUUACUAUAUUUUAUGGUGUUUGUUUACUUUAAAAGAAAUUGCCUGGGGGGACCUAAAUGGGAAGGAAAUCCAAAAAAGAGGGGAUAGAUGUAUAUGUAUAACAGAUUCACUUUGCUGUACCGCAGAAACUAACAGUAUUGUAAAGCAACUAUACUCUAAUAAAAAUAAAUAAAGGAAGCUGCCAGACUAUU